AUGGCCAGAAGACCAAAAACUGGAAAGCAAUACAUGAAGGUUACAUACCCAAAGUACAAACUGGGAGAAGAGAUUGUACAAGAAGUAAAGAGACUGACACCACAACUUCAAAAGCAUGACUUGCAUCAAUGGUCACAACUGAUAUUCCUCCUGCUAACUCAAAACCACAGCAGCUUCCUGAAUAUCAUUAGAGAAUUCAGAGCUAUCUGAUGACCAGGUAAAAACCACUUUACCAUUACCAAUUAGUAAUUUUGAUAUUGCCUCUUACAGGCAAAACGUUAAAUGAUUGAAUACUCCUGAUAUCUGCACUUUAAUUAAUUAAGAGUGUUUUUAGGCUGCACAGAAAUUAUGUUUUUCCUUGUUUGAGUGCGAAAAACAAGAGUGGCUUGAUCAAUUUCUCUGGCUUGAUCUAUUUCUCUGGCUUUGGUAUUCUGCUUCACAAGAUGGUGUGUAUUGUUUAUCUUGUGUACUUUUUGGGGACCGUUUCCCACAUAAAAGUUCUAAAAUUACUAUAUUAGUAUCUAAGCCUUUUCGUUAUUUGAAUGAUGCCAUGUCUACUUUAAAUUUAAAGGGCAUGCUGGGAAUAACACUGGGGGAGAAAUGUGGUUGCAUGCAUGUACUUUUCCAAUGCUAACUGCUUUACUUUCUCAAAUGACAGGUGCAUCUUUACAACCCAUUGAUAAUAUCAUGGAUGCAAAUGUCAAAAAGGAAAUUGAAAAAAAUAGGGAGAUUCUUAGGCCUAUUGUAGAUUCUGUUCUAUUUUGUGGCAGGUUUGGCAUGGGUCCAAGUAUCAUUCUGACGUUGGUUGUUACUCUAUCAAUUUUGGAAAUUUUGUUGAAUCCCUCAAUUUUAGGGUGAGAGCUGGGGAUAAUACUUUUAAAACUCAUUUGUGUGAAUGUGGUAAAAAUAGAAGCUACACAUCCAAGACGAGCCAAAACAAGAUUAUUAAAUGUAUUGGUCAGGUAAUAUCUGAAAAUAUUAUUAACGAGAUUAAGGAAAGUAGGUACUAUACCAUCAUUGCGGAUGAAGCUGCUGACUCUUCUCACAAAGAACAGCUAUCCUUUGUUCCGCUAUUUGUUGACAGUGGUAGGAAUGUUAGAGAAAAAUUCAUUUGUUUUUUGCAUUGUAAAUGGGGAUUAAGUGGUAAAAAUCUUCCUAAACUUAUUUUAGAAUCCUUGGAUGACUUAACAUUGCCAAUUGAUAAUUGCAGGGGACAAGGUUGUGGUGGUGCAGGUGCUGUGCACAUUAAUGGUUUGGCUGCUCAUAUUUUAAGACUUAAUCCAAAAGCUCUUUACACCCAUUGUUACAGUCAUCAGUUAAAUUUAUCUGUUUGUGACACACUUUCUAUACUCAAAGUUAAAAUGCUGAAACAUGUUGGCCAAGCUGAAAAUUUUAUUAAUAUUUCAGAGACACGUAAUAUGCUUUUUGCUGAUCAUAUUGAGGAUUCUGACCUCAACACAAAGAAGACCAAGCUGGUAUGUCUUUGUAAAACCAGAUGGGUUGAGUGGGUUGAAAGUCUUGACACUUUUCAAGACCUGUUUAUCCCAUUAAUUGACACACUGCAUGACAUAGCUAACAAUUUUAGUGGUGAGACGAAGCCUUCUCUUUCUGCUGAUGCAUCAUCUUUGCUUAUGCUCACUUGA